AUGGUACGAGCAUCAACAAUCACUGCCCCAGUGCGCAACCCGCAACUACGCAUGUUGCAUGCACUACACACCAAUGGAAAACCCAUCAUGACCUUUUUGGGGCUACCGUCUCUCCGGACAGCUCAGAUUGUUGCUUCCACUGGAGUCGAUGCUGUCAUCAUUGAUUGCGAACACGGUCAUAUUAGCGAUGACUCCAUGCAUGACGCCACCGCUGCCAUUGCCGCCGCCGGUGUCUCGCCUCUUGUCCGUCUAAGAAUGACCCACCCUGACCUUAUCAAGAGAGCUCUUGACAGUGGUGCACAUGGUAUCAUUCUACCUCAAGUUAACACUGCCGAAGAAGCAAGUGAGGUAGUAAAGUACUCCAAAUUUCCACCGCAAGGUCUCCGGGGACAAGGAUCACCAUUUGCGGGGUUUGCUCACAACGUCGAUAUUGCGACAUAUGUCAAGACGGCCAAUGAGACGACUAUUGUGUGCGUUCAGAUUGAAUCGCGGCAAGGAGUAGAUAACGUCGAUGCUAUCUGUGCUGUGCCAGGCGUUGAUAUGGUCUUUAUCGGGCCCAAUGAUUUGGCUUUCUCUCUCCUCGGCUAUGUCCCGGCCAAGGGUGACGAGCCCGAGUUUCUAGAUGCCAUUGACAGGAUUGUGGAAGCUGCCAGAAAGCACGGAAAGUGGGUGGCUCGGUUGUCGAACUCUGGAGCUUUAUGUAAGGAGCAUUUGGAUGUGUUUGAUACAGUUGCUUUAAGUUAUGAUGUUAGGGCGAUUCAGAAUUGGUAUGCUGCAGAACUUAAGGCUGCAAGGGGAUAG